AAACCCUAAUUCCAUCUAAAUCAUAUAUUUUUGUGGAUCUAUCGUGCCGCCCAAAGAAUCAAAUCUCUGCUACUGCAUAGUAAAAGAGAGAAAGAGCGACAAUGGAGGCAGCAAGAACAGUUAAGGACGUUUCCCCUCACGAUUUCGUCAAGGCUUACGCCGCCCACCUCAAGCGCUCCGGCAAGAUUGAGCUUCCUUCAUGGACUGAUAUUGUCAAGACCGGCAAACUCAAGGAACUUCCUCCAUAUGAUCCUGAUUGGUACUAUAUCAGAGCCGCUUCCAUGGCGAGGAAAAUAUACCUGAGGGGAGGUCUUGGUGUUGGUGCCUUUAGAAGGAUUUACGGUGGGGCUAAGAGAAAUGGAAGCCGUCCUCGCCAUUUCUGUAAGAGCAGUGGAUCUGUUGCUCGCCACAUUCUUCAACAAUUGCAGAACGUUAACAUCAUUGAUAUUGAUCCUAAAGGUGGUAGGAGAAUCACAUCGAACGGCCAACGCGACCUGGACCAAGUAGCCGGAAGGAUUGCGGUUGCCAUCUGAGUAACUUUUAAUCCCGAAAUUUACUUGUUUUUGCUGUUAAGCAAUUUUCAUUUUAGGUACCGAGAGAGUGAAGACAUGGAAUAUUUUUAUUUUAGGGUUUGUUGACUUGUUCUGUCUUUAUCACCGUCGAUUUUGAACCUUCUUGAUGAAAACUCGAAUCUUUAAA